UCUCUACUGAGCUGCCAUACUUUCUAAGGUCACGUGCUUUUGUUUACUAGGAAGGAGCUAGCAGCUGUUGCCAAUCAUACAGCUAUUAAGCUAUACAAACAUAUAUACAGGCUUUAACGUCAUUAAACAAAGGUAUUUUAAAAAGCAGUUAGGUAAGAAGAAUGCGAUGUUAUGUCACGCUCUUUAGGAGAGACUAACGGUAAUGUUAAAACCUAUGAGAGCUAACGUUAACGUUAAGUGAGCUAACGUUAGCUAGCUAUGAUAUCACGAACUGUCUUUGCUCUAGCUCAUAAUAGUAGUUAUGCGGUCCUUGAACUACGUUCAACGUGUGAGCUUGGAUUUUACAGGAACUCUGUUUCCUCAUGCUAUCUGUCUGGGAGAUGCAGACAACGACUCGUUGAACGAGCUGGUUGUGGGGGACACCAGCGGAAAGCUUCUUGUGUACAAGAAUGACGACUCCAAACCCUGGAUCACAAGAACCUGUGUGGGCAUGCUGACCUGUGUUGCAGUUGGAGAUGUCUGCAACAAAGGAAAGAACUUUGUGGUAGCUGUCGGUGCAGAGGGCUGGUUUCACCUCUUUGACGUGACAGCUGCCACCGCAAGUAAAUCUGAUUCAUCCAGUCAGCAUGAAUUCAUGUCGCCUGAUGACCAGAAGCCCCUCUUCACCCAACAUAUUCCUGCAAACACUAAAGUCAUCCUCAUUAGUGAUAUCGACGGUGAUGGCCGCAGUGAGCUGGUGGUGGGCUACACAGACCGAGUGGUGCGAGCUUUCCGUUGGGAGGAGCCAUCUGACGGUUCAGAGCUGGGAUCUGGACAGCUGGUUCUGCUGAAGAAAUGGCUUCUGGAGGGUCAGGUGGACAGUUUGUCAGUGAAUCCGGGUCCAGAGGGUUUACCAGAGUUGAUGGUGUCUCAGCCAGGCUGCGGCUACGCUAUCCUGCUGUGUUCCUGGACACAACAGGACUCCAACAGCUCUGGGGAAGACGCCCCCGCAACCCCUGGGAGUGAGGGACCUUCCAGAGAUGUAGUUCUCCAUGUGACCACUGGGCGGAUACACAACAAGAAUGUUUCCACUCAUCUUAUCGGCAGCAUCAGUAAAGGCUCAAAAGAGGAAUCUUCUAAAUGUGGGCUGUUCGCUCUCUGUACGUUAGAUGGUACCCUGAAAUUGAUGGACAGCUCAGAACAGCUCCUGUGGUCCGUCCAGGUGGAUCAUCAGCUGUUUGCGCUGCAGAAGCUCGACGUUACUGGAGACGGCAGAGAGGAGGUGGUAGCGUGCGCCUGGGAUGGUCAAACCUACAUCAUUGACCACAAUCGGACAGUAGUGCGGUUCCAGUUCGAUGAGAAUGUCAACGCCUUCUGUGCGGGUCAGUACACAUGUAAGGAGGGUAAGAAUAGCCCCUGUCUGGUGUACGUGAGCUUCAAUCAUAAAAUCUACAUCUACUGGAAGGUGCAGCUGGAGCGCAUGGAGUCCACGAACAUGCUACGGGUCCUGGAGGAGAAACCCGAGUUUACAAGCCACCUGAAGGCGCUGGGAGUCGAUACUGAGGACCCGGCAGCAGUGAGAGCGCUGGUGGCAAAUGUUCUCUACAAGGAUUCACAGACUUAGCACACACAUCAACACACUGCUGUCUCUCUUCCCCCCCCUGACUGUAAAUACUCUGUUAAUAAACACUGAUUGUCUGUCUCCUG